AUGCGAGAACAACAAUCCAUUCAAGUCGCAUUUUACAAGUUGGAUGAUAAAAGUAAACAUGAAUAUCGGGUUCGGUUAAACGCUUCAAUCGAUGUGGUAAGACUUCUCUUGGAUCAAGGUUUUUCAUUUCGUGGUCAUGACAAGAGUGAAUCGUCAUUGAACAAGAGUAAUUUUCUUGAAGUUCUUUCUUGGUUAGCUGCUAAAUGUGAUGCAAUUAAACCUUUUGUGUUAGAAAAAGCUCCAAAAAAUAAUAAAAUGACUUCUCAUGACAUCCAAAAAGAUAUUGUGACUGCGUGUAAGAUUGAAACAGGUAAGGCUAUAAUAGAGGAUAUAAAUAGUGACUACUUUGCUUUAUUGGUUGAUGAAUCUAGAGGCGUGUCACACAAAGAGCAAAUGGUUAUUUGUCUAAGAUAUGUUGACAAAAUGGGGUUUAUGAUGGAUGCAUUUAUUGGACUUGUUCACAUUAAAGAUACUAGUGUUUUAUCUCUAAAGAAAGCAAUUGUAGAUGUACUUGCUCACUAUUCUUUGAUUUUAUCUAAUGUACGUGGGCAAUGUUACGAUGGGGCAAGUAAUAUGCAAGGUGAGCUAGGUGGUCUUAAAACGUUGAUUAGACAAGAAAGUAGAUCGGCUCAUUCUGUUCAUUGUUUUGCUCAUCAACUUCAAUUGACUCUUGUUGCGGUUUCUAAAAAGUGUGUUCAACAUCUCCAAAUGGCAUUGGAUAUGGGUGAACUAGAAACUGGUAGAUGGUUGAAUCAAAAACUUUGUCUUGUUAAAGCCGGUGAUACUUGUUGGGGAUCUCACUACAAGUCAUUUGGAAACUUUAUUAGUAGCUUUGACUCUAUUGUUGAUGUACUUGAUACUCUUGUUGAAAAUGCAAGUACUUUGGAAGAAAGAGCAAGCGCAUCGGGAUUUCUCAAAAGUUGUCAAACGUUUGAGACUAUUUUCUUGUUGCAUUUGAUGACAAAUGUUUUAGGAAUCACAAAUGAUCUUAAUGUUUCAUUACAGAAAAAGGAGCAAGACAUUGCAAAUGUCAUUAUUCUUGUAAAGGUAGAAGCAUUUUAUAUCAAGCAUGACAUUUCAUUACCCAAAUUUGAUGAUCCAUAUGCUAAUUCUAGAAGAUCACGACGUAAAGUAGUUAUUUGUACUACUUUGCAUCAUUAUCGUGUGGAUGUGUUUUAUAAAAUCAUUGAUUGGCAACUACAAGAACUUAAUGAUCAUUUCAAUGAGGUGACAAGUGAUUUGCUUAAUGGAGUAUCUUGCUUGAAUCCAAUUGAUUCAUUUUCUAGUUUUGACAUAAAGAAGAUAAUGAGAAUGGUUGAAUUUUAUCCUGAUGAUUUUGAUGGGUCCAACAUGAGAGCUCUUGAGAAUCAACUUGUUAAUUACAUUAUUGAUGUUUGUGAUAUUGAUGAAAGGUUCUCCAAUUUGGGUGGACUUGGAGAACUUUAA